AUGCAAUAUCAAGUUAACAACAGUCCUCUGUAUUUCGUUUACCAAGAAAGAUGGCCAAUUUCAUUAGCCUGGAAAUGCAGUGGGACACCAAAUUUAAAAGCUCAGCGUGUUAACUUCAUUGAAGAAUCAGCUAAAAUUUAUUAUGAUACACUGAUGUCUGGAAGAUUUAUUGAAGACAGGAAUUUAGAAAUGACUGUACCACCUAGUAGUAUACUGAAAUCAUCAACAUAUUUACAAUUACUAGAUUUUGUUAUUCAAGCAGAAUAUAACAAAUUAGGCAAUAUCAUUGUUAUGACAAUGAGCUGUGAACUUAUGAAUAAUUUGAACUGGGUUAAAGAAGUAUUCAACAGACCAUUAUCAAGAAACACAGAAACAUUUAGAGCAAUAUUGGAUACGAUAUACAGAUUAGGUUUAUGUUUUCGUGAUAUUGAUCCACAUUUAAAUUGUCCAGAUGUAUGUCGUAGCAAAACAAAUAGUUUUUGUGAAAGUGUACCGCAUGCUGUCGGCUUCUGUGGUACAUAUACCAAUGAAUUAUUACAUAAUGCACAGAUUAAUUCAACUGGUGAUGAAAAUAAAAUAAGACAAAAUUUAAGAAGUUGGUUAUUACGUGUACCAGUUGAAGUCAGACUUCCAUUGGAAUUUUUUAUGCACUUUGCUAAAAAUAAAAGUUUAUUUGAGAAAGCAAUUGAAAUACAGAGGAGAAGUUCACUUAUAGCUUAUUGUCCAUGUGAAGCUAAAUACCUGUUUGAUAAAAUUUUAAAUACUUGCACGGAUGCAAAAGAAGAAUAUGGUUGUUAUAGCGGUAGCCAAUGUGCAAAUGGUGGGAUUUGUGUUCGAAGUUUAGACAAAUCAGCACCUAUGAGAUCUAUACUCUGUAAAUGUCCACCUGCUUUUAAAGGUGAACAGUGUGAACACGAAAGAGAUCCUUGUGAAGAUGAGGCAAAGUGUAGUCCAUUUCCUUGUGCACGUGAUGCCAAUGAUUUAGACUAUGGUUACCAUUGUCUAUGCCCUUCAACACAUCAACGUAAAAGUAAAGGAGAACCCCAAUGUGUACCAAUGCCAGCUUGUGGUGAGCACGAUACAAGUAGAAGCCAACCGUGUAAAAAUCAUGGUCAAUGCAUACAAGAUCCAAAUGAUCCAACAAUGUAUAAAUGUAUUUGUAUCUACGGUUAUACUGGAGUAAAUUGUGAAAUAGAACCAUUACCGGCUAUCUGGAGUACAUGGUCCAAAUGGUCAAGUUGUAUAUGGCCUGAAAUAGGUGAAGUAUGUCAUAGAAAAGCUUAUCGUCAAAAAACCCGUACUUGUUUAAUUAAUGCUCUUGAUCAAAAAUGUAUUGGACAAGCAAGAAAGAUUAGAUAUACUGAAUGUGAUCUGACUGCACUAGCUUCCAAACGCUACAGCAAUUUAUCACAAAUAACACGAAAACGUCUUAUAGAAGCACUUAAACUAUGUGAUUUAUAUAGUCGUGAAUAUGCUAGACCAGUAACUGAAUAUGAAUUAGGUGAAUCACUGUUAACUACUGAAGCUUUGGAUGAUUGGAGUACAAUCGGCUUAGAAGAUGCACCUUACCUUUAUCUACCUGAAUCAUUAAAAUUUGGUAAACUGCAAUCAAUAAACUGGCCUAAAAGACAAGACUUCCUAUUUAUUACAGGAUGGAUAUAUCUAUUUAUUUUACACUUAGGUAUUACACUUUUAUGGAUAUAUUAUGUACAUCGCUGGAGAACAGAAUAA